CAUGGAUUUUGGUCAUGUCUUUAUCAAUACAGCUAGUUUCAGCCAUGUAGCAAAUGGGGAGGGGGGGGGUGCAGGAAACAUUUUUGUGGAAAUAGUUAAUAUAUCCAACUGGACUGCAGUAAAAAAUCCAAACACCCCACAGGAUGAGUAUUUAUUUCCUGACUAAACUCCAAGGACUUAGACCCAGAGGAUGGAUUCAAUAAAGAGUAACCUACUCUUGAAUUACAUGGAAUAUUCAAAAAAUCAUUCUUGGAUAUAUUUGAGUGGAAAAUGAUUCUAUAUUGGAAGUUCCAGAAUGAAUGACAGACAUUGGUGUAGAUGAAAUCAGCACAAAUUUAAAAUGGUGCAGUGGAGGUGGAGAAAUAGGCUACCAUGUUAAAAAUGGAGGACAUCAUUUUGCUGAAAGAGAACAACUGCAAGGUAUUGGAAGUCAGCAACUGAACCUUGUUAAGGUUUUUCAACUGAAUGAUGGUACUGAUGUAUGCCUAAACAUUGUUACAAAAGAAGAUUCAAACAAUGGUACUGUGCUGAAACUGAACACUUUAAUAAAAAUGCUUAUGAGCAAUGGUAACACAGUACUUCAGAAUAAUUGUACAGGAGUACAGUUGAAUCAUGCUUCAGCAGUAGAUUUGAGAAGUGUUACAAUGGUACAACUAAUGAAUGGUACAACAGUUCAGCUGGAAAACAAUUCGGUGGUAAAACUGAAUGAUGGCACGAUGGUACAACAGAAGAACCAUACGACAGGACAACUGAACGGGAUGACUGUUCAUUGGUACAAUUGCAUUGAACACUGGUGCAACCACGCAGCUGGACAAUGGUACAAUAGUCGACCUGAGGAAUUGGUUGGAGGUCCAACUGGGCUAUGGUACACUGGCAGGAUGGUACAAGGGGCCAAUGCUACAAUGGUGCAAUGAUGAUAUCAAUGGCCGGUGCUGACUAGCUAUUUUCCCAAAAGGCUGACGUGUUUCAAUCAGCUACAGUGUUUUUAUUUUGUAUUGUAUUUUGUAAAGCUUUUUGUACCAGUCUGAGAGUUAAGUUAGUCAGGCAACCAGAUGUUAAAAGCUUGUAAACAUUAGAUUAUGCCCUUAGUGUACUGUAAAUUCCUUAUAUUACGCUAGUACUUAAUUCUGCGAUCCCGCUGGUUUGUAUCAAAUCGCGAGAAUAUAAAAUCGCAAAUGUGGAAAUUUUCUUUUUAAAUAUUUCUUAUAGUUCUGAACUCUCAGAUAAUAAUGGCGAGAUUUUAAAAUCCGGGAAGGGUGCUUCUAACGAUUUUACGCGGAUAUUAGUUCAUCGCGUUUCUAUAAUUAGGAAUCUACAGUACUGUAUUUAAUUCAUUGAGUUUAAUAGAUAGGCAAUAUACUUCAAUGUGUUCAAAACUUUUUCCAAUGUGUUCAAAACUUUUUUCAACGUGUUCAUUAAUUUAGGCAAUGAAAUUUGAAUAUGUAUUAAACAUAUUUCACUGAUCCAGAAAAUGUGCCAACAAUGCCAAUUAACAUGAAUAUACCGGUACAAUGCUUUUAAAGCAAAAGUUCGAGUAAAUGCUAUACUUGUGAACAGGAUAGAAAUGUUAUGUAGCAAUAUUUCCUUAAAUCCUUGCUAGUGCCUAAAAGUGAGUUUGGAGUUUAAUGAAACUUUGUAUGUUAUAAAUGUGUGAUGUUUGAGGACAAUGGCGUUGCAAUCAAUUUACCUAAUUGGUGUUCACCAUCGUGCCAUAAUUAUACCCCGGCAAACGAAGUUUAGGGGGGUAUAUUGGUUUCACUCUGUCCGUCCAUCUGUCUGUCUGUCCAUCUGGCCGUCUGUCUGUAGACACAACUUAAUUUGCCCCCCCCCCACCCCCGUAGAAUUUUUUACUGCUGCAUGGAACAGUCUGAAAAUUUGUACAUAUGUUGAUCACUAUUUAAUGAUGUGCAUCUGCAUUUUUUUUAAGAUCAGACAAGAUUUUAUGACAGUUUUCAUUUUCCUUAUUCUAUAUAUUGUACACCGAUGUUGAAAAGUAAGGGAGGUAAUCCUUACAGAUUUUAUUAAUUAAUUAAUAGUAUUAAAACACUCUAAAAUAUAUUGAUAUAAAUACAUCCAGAUGGAGGUUUUUGUCUUUAUGUCUUAACUAAAUUUAUUUUUUAUAAAUAUUCUAUCAACUGACAAUGCAAAAUUGUUGUUUGUCAAUGGAGCUAAUAAGAACAUCAAAGACAAGUGUGGCUGAAUUCAUUUGUCCCUAGGGGGCCAUUAUCUGAGCCAUGGUUCAGAUGGAGCAUGUGUUUAGGGAAAAUUGAUAAUCUGUAAAAUGGGCAGUGGUUUUGGGGCUAUUUUAAAACUGUUUCAUGUAAACCAAAAGUUUCUAUCAUUAUAAGGAAAUAAAUAAUAUCAUUAUUAAUAAAGAAGUUAACUAUUUUUAGAAGUUGUUUAAAUUUAUUAGUCAAGUAAAUUGAUGAAGUGACCCUAUAGGGCAUUAUUUUAAAUGA